AUGCAGCAGCAAAUCAGCAGAGUGAAAUGUAGAUUAUCAUCAUCACUACGGUCACAUAUCAUUGUUGUUUUGAUCACGUUGAUAGUGAUCAUCAUUACAAGUAAUGAUCAACAAUCAUCAUCAUCAGCAGCAGCAAGAUCUUAUUUCGUUACUGCUCAGUCACCUGAUGAUUUCGUUGCAGACGAAGCUGACUCGGCAUUAUGGCUUCACAAUUACUAUGGAAGGUAUGGGACACCGAGUUGCCGCAAUGGUGAUUUUUACUGUGAUGAAACUACUAAUCGUAUCACUUCAAUAACAUUUGAUAUGUUUUACACCCAAAGACAAGCAGAACUACCAGAUUUGAAGACAUUGGUAUUCCCCAAAGUAUUAUAUGUCGACUUGGCGACAACACCAACUACAGAACAUCAACAUAUCAACGUAUUGGAUAUGGAUAUAUUUUCACCAAAUGUUAGUAGUGUGGGUACUGGAAAUUCAAUGACGUUUCCACCUCUACUUUAUCAAGCCAAUAUUGGUGUUAAUAUCACACUUCCAUUUUACUUUUUGAAUACCAAAUCACUUACUACUUUUACAAUCAACGUCAACGCUAUUAAAGAUGAUGGUAUACUUUUGAUUGACCAAAUAUCAUAUCCUAGACUAGACCAAUUUUUGAAAGGGUUUGGAGUACAUAUGCAUUAUUAUAUUCCUUUUCAAGCUAUAUUUAAAUAUCCACAGAAUAUUAAAUUAUUAGAUAUACCAUCUUUAGAAUUUAUAUCACCAAAUAAUAUAUCACAUUAUACUACAUUGGAUAAACUUAUAUUAUAUGGUCGUACCUUGUUUAUAACUACCAAUAUCGAUGAUCCAUUACCAUCAACAUUGACAAAAAUUGAUGCAAGAUAUGGAAAUAUGACACGUAUUUUACCUAAUCUACUUGAUAAUGAUCCUUAUAAAUUGGAUCUUGAUCUAUCUGGAAAUACUGAUUUGACUGGAGACUUGAGUAACCAAAAAUUUUGUUAUAUUAAUUCUUUGAUUUUACGAGACACCAAUGUAUCAAUGGUUCCUGCGUGUUGGCCAUGUUACUCUGCUGGCACAGGUGGGCGGUACAAUGGUCCUAGAUUUCCUAAUUAUCCAUGUACUGACAAUUUCAAAAUUGAUUCAUUCAUAUUGGCAGCAUUUAAUAACCAAUAUUGGGUCACUGGUGAUAAUAUUGGAUGGGGUGACAGUGCAGGCCUUUUCAUAGUUUAUCCAAACAAGAAAUUACAAGGAUCUAUAGAUCAAAACAUCGGGAUUGGAUCAGUGGUCAAUAAAACGAUCUCAUUGAACGAAAAUAUUUCAUUUAAUUUUACAAUCUAUGAUGCAACAUUUACAAUGGGAUCAUCAGCCAUUGAACCAUUAGACGCUCGAUACAACAAGAUAUCAGUGACAACCGGUUAUACACUACUCCCCAACUUUGAACAAUACCAACCUAAAAUUGAAUUUGGAGGGUAUCCAUGUCACAUUCAAAAGAAUGAAUCAGGUUAUAUAAUAUGUACUAUCGAUCAAUAUCCUACCAACCAAUUAUCAAAUAUAAAUGUUUAUAAUGAAGCUCAUAAUCAAACAAUCAUUCCAUAUAUCUAUAAAAAAGCAACAACAUUGAUUCAGAUUAUAAGUGAACCUACAACAUAUCCACCUCAAUACUUAAAUUUCAAUGGUUAUUUUGGAUUGUAUUCAAAUAAUGGAGAGAUUAUAUUGACCAAUCCAAACAACAACACCAAUCAAUAUGCAUGUAUUAUAAUUCAAUCAAAUCAAACAUUUAUAAGAUGUAAUAUUACAGAUUCAGAUACUCUUCCAUUUGGAUCGAUUAAUUUAAAUCUAAAAUUACCAAAUGGUGAUUAUUCAUCUGAUUCAUUAUUAUCUAUUCCUUAUCCUCCAACAAAUGUAAGAUCAUAUAGUUUUGAACCACCAACUUAUCCACCUUUAUAUUUAAAUUUAAUUGGUAUAUUUGGAUUGGAUGUUGGAAGUGGAGUGAUAUACAUCAAUAAUCAAACAGAUCGUUAUUAUUGUAAUAUUAUUGCUUCAACACCAACCAAUAUUAAAUGUUCAUUUGUCAGAAUACCUUUACCUGGUCCAACAUUCAUUUCAAUCAACAUACCAAAUGGAGAAUUUAAUUCGAGUACUUUAUUAACUAUUCCUUAUCCAACGAGUGUUAAAUCUUUAUCAUUGGAGCCAUCAACCUAUCCACCUUUGUAUUUAAAUUUAAAUGGAUAUUUUGGAGUGAAUGCAAGUCAAGGAUCAAUAUUUAUAAACACACCUACCGAUCCGUAUGGCUGUACGAUUAUCGAAUCAAGUCAAACUAUGAUCAAAUGUAAAUUUGAUAAAACACCAUUAUCAGGUCCAUCAACACUUUAUGUUCAACUUCCAAAUGGAAACUUUACUUCAUCAUUAUUAUCUAUUCCUUUUCCUAGGACCAAUAUAAUAUCAACAACAUUUGAACCGAUUACCUAUCCACCAAAGUAUAUGAAUUUAAAUGGUUAUUUUGGAGUCAACUCUGACAAAGGUUCUAUAUUGAUGACCUCAUUGAUUGGUUCAUACACCUGUUCGAUUAAACAAUCAAGUAAUGUUUCUAUUCAAUGUCAAUUUGAUAGUCAACCAACACCUGGGAGAAAUACCCUUAGAAUCAAUGUACCCAAUGGAGUUUAUACAACUACUACUAUUAUUCCUUAUCCAACAAUUGUAUCAUCGAUUCAAUUAAUAUCAACCAAAUUUAUUAGAUUAUUGGCAGAGUCAAUAUCCCAACCAACACCAACAUCUCCACCAACAUCAAUGAUUUUAAAUGGUCAUUUUGGAAUUAAUUCGCAUCAAGGAUCAAUCUAUAUCAACGAUGCCAGUAAUCCCAACUUUUGUAGUAUUGUACAAUCCAAUGAAACAAUGAUUGAAUGUAACUUUGAUGAAACACCGCAACCUGGUGAAACAAGUAUCACAAUCAACAUACCAAAUGGAGAUUAUUCAUCCAAUACAUUAUUAUUCAUACCAUAUCCAAUACCAACCGAUGAUGAAGAGUGUAUGGUUAGAACAAAUAAUUGUAGUGGUCAUGGUAAAUGUGUUGAUGGAAAGUGUCAAUGCGUUCCUUUGGAAUGGUAUGAUGAUUGUAAAUUUAAAAUAUCAAUCGAUCAAGAUUUGAAAUCAAUCAUACACUUGAACAAUCCAACGAUAUCAUUUGGAAUUGGUGAUGAUUAUAGAUUCGAAUUCUCAAUGAUUGCAAUUCAAGAAUUGGAUAUUAAUAAUCAAACAAUUAAAGAAUUACAUACAACUAAUAAUUGGAAUAAUUAUACUGAUACCACAUCAACAACAACAUCAACAACAGAUCAACAAUUUAAAUCAUUAGAAUAUCAAUUAUCGACAAAUAAUAAUGUACAGAAUAUAUUUUCAAACACUGAUAUUAAAUCAACCAUUGAAAUAUCAAAUAACGGUAAUAGAACCAUUCAAUUUGGAGAUGAAAGUAUUUAUAUUGGUAAUAAUAGUAUUAAAUCAACAGUAUCAAUUAAAGAUUGGCCCUAUUCAACAGUAUCAGAAUCACCACAUCUCGUUGUAUUAUUCUCAACCACAAUUAAUAAUAAUCAAACUAUUAUUGGAUGUGAUGGAUCAAUCAAUCAAGUGGAAACAUUCCAAUCAUUCCAAGAUAGUGAUUCAAUUGAAUUUAUUCGAAUCAUCACCAACGAUGAUAUUCAAUUCUUUGGACAAUUCCUACCAUUUGUAAUAUCAGACAACAACAAAUCAACGUACUCCAAAAUAGAAUUAAUCAACACAACUAGAAUCAAUGAUCAACAAUCGAUUUCCCUGGAACUAGCUCAGACCACCUAUCGAUGGUAUCAGUCGACUCCAAGGAUUCCCGGGGAAAUGUCGUUGAGUAAUCUCGAUGUCGUUAAAAAAGCCGAUCGAUCGACGAGCUUUGAGAAUGUCGAAAGCAGCGUCGUCGUCAUCCUCCUCAACACAUCAUAUGAUACACCAACCGUUUCGUUGUGGGUGGUCAACAAACAAGAGAGACAGACCAGCCUGCUCAGUCUGACCUUGACUAAAGGUUUGGCCACCAACCUAACCUACCCAUAG